CCCACGCAGCGGGUCGGCCACCGACACGACCGCCAUGUCUCGCUACUUGCGGCCUCCCAACACCUCGCUCUUUGUGCGGAACGUGGCCGACGACACCAGAGUGUAAAGCUGUACAGUAAUGGCGACCCCAAAGAGAAAGCAUGAAAGAACCUUUAGAGUAGAGUUCAAGAAUUAAGGCAAGUAGACAAGCCAAAGACCUCUUAAGGAUCAGGCUUGAAGAGAAGGGAAAGUUUGGGAAAAGAAAAGAUAAAGAAAAGCUGGAAGAAGGACAAGCCAUAAUGGGAGACAAAGCUUCGCUUUAUCUACAAAUGGGGGAAAAGGUUGUUUUUCAAAGUAUAAAGAUAAAGCCAUCUGUCAUUUUUGACCAAGCAUCUCAUGACAAGUCCUUCUGACAAGCACUUAAAGAGUUAAAGGUCAAGAUGAAGUUGAAUGGUGGCCAAGAUUAAAGGAGCCAUACCUGAUGUAUCCUACAGAAUAAGCGCUAUCCUCUUGCUUGUUACCUUAACAUCUAGCACAUUUGAAGAUGUCCGUGAUGCUGAAGAUGCCCUUCAUAAUUUGGACCGGAAGUGGAUUUGUGGCCGUCAGAUAGAAAUACAGUUUGCUCAAGGGGAUCGGAAAACACCAAACCAAAUGAAAGCCAAGGAAGGAAGAAAUAUGUACAGCUGUUCGCGUUAUGAUGACUAUGACAGAUAUAGGCGUUCUAGAAGCCGCAGUUAUGAAAGGAGGCGUUCAAGAAGCCGAUCCUUCGACUACAACUAUCGCCGAUCUUAUAGUCCUAGAAACAGUAGACCUGCUGGAAGACGUCGCCGUAGCAGAAGUCGUUCUGAUAAUGAUAGGUUCAAACACCGUAACCGAUCUUUUUCAAGGUCAAAGUCCAAUUCAAGAUCGCGGUCUAAGUCACCACCCAAAAAAGAAAUGAAGGCUAAAUCACGUUCUAGGUCUGCAUCUCGUGCUAAAUCUAGAGGCACUUCUAAAACGGAUUCUAAGACACACUAUAAGUCCAGCUCGAAAUAUGAAAAAGAAGCGAGAAAAAAAGAACCAGCUAGAUCCAAAUCUCAGUCAAGAUCUCAUUCUAGAUCUAGAUCAAAAUCCAGAUCCCGGUCAUGGGCUAGUCCCAAGUCCAGUGGCCACUAACAGUGUACCUUGUUUUUUUAGGCAUGUAUCACCCAAUUACACAGUUGAGUUAUAAUGUUGCAACAUUGCUUAAAAUAUCUUUGUCAGUUUUCCCUGUAGCAGGCAACUAUUAUAAUUAAAACACAAAUUGAGAAUCUUAUACAAGAGUCCACUUUGUUAAAUGUCAUGGGCAGCUACUGAAGUUGUUGUGGUGUCUAUGUAUAUUUUUGUAAUACACCUGCAUUUUUAUGCUUCAAAUAUUGAUGGUACCUUGAGUAUGACCAUAGUUUACAGCAUUGUUCUAAUAAGAAUUUCAUCCACAAAGGAAAUGUUCUAACUGUUCCAUGAACAUAAUAGUUAUUUAAAUUGUCCAGUAGUUCCUGCUAAGUGGAAAACUGGGCAGCAAUAAUGCAACACUGACAGCUGCAAAUAUAAACUGGUCAUUUCACAUUCUAGAUCAAAAGGGGAGGAGAGGGUUGAUAUUCUCCAUGCUCACUUGUAUCAAGAUGGCUGGUUCCUGGAGCAAGUGGAAAAAUAGCUUUGAAGUAUUGGUAGUAUAACAAACUGGGUUAAGAUCAGCUAUGAG